AUGCACACACAGAAACGUGUAACACACACACACACACACACACACACAGACACAUGUAUACACAUACAGACAUGUACAUACGUACACACACGUCACAUGUACGUACAUACACACAUGUACAUGCACACACAACCAACCCCCCCAAUAAAAAGUUGCAGUACUUCGUUGUUCACGCACAGAUCCAGGUACUGCACUCUAGGGGGAGGCAGAGAGCACAGCACACACUCCUUGCUUUGCUUUCACUGCGUUCAGCUAUUGAGCAGUCUGACGGCUCGCAGUGCCAAUGACAGAUCCGGCCUGAGCUCCGAGCCUGCUCAGCAGACGGCCCUGUGGGACACACAUACAUUCACCCCCCACCAUAAUUUCCACUCGCCACUGGCGAGCAGGCAAGUGGAAAUUCCAAGCCCUGGCCUA